AUGCCAGAUGGGACGGCCACUGCCACUGGUAGUAGUAGGAACCAUCACGCUGCACACUCCUCCUCGUCGCCCAACGUCGAGUACGUCUCCCAACAAGACCCUUUCUUCGCGCCUCGUCGUCGCUCGCAUCUCACCGCCGCCGAACGCGCUCGCCGCAACCUCAACGCCAAACUCGCCAACCCGCUCGCCGGCUUCACCCACGAUGAGCUCAAAAAGCAGGGUCUCCGCUUCAGUAUCACCCACCAGAUGGGCGACGAGGAGGAUAUCCGCGCCUUUGAAAUGGGCGCCGUCUUGGCCCAGGCCCCGGAGAAGUUUGACCAGAUCGAUGGCUUGACUGAGGCAGAAUUGCGAGUCCUGCGCAACGAAUUUACCAAUCGCUGGUCGCAGCCGCCGCUCAUGUAUGUCGUGAUUAUCAUUUGCUCCAUCUGCGCUGCUGUGCAGGGAAUGGAUGAGACCGUCGUCAACGGCGCCCAGGUCAUUUACAAGUAUCAGUUCGGAAUCAAUGGCAAUGACGCGCGAUCCACCUGGCUGCUCGGCCUGCUCAACUCAGCUCCAUACCUGUGCUGCGCCAUUGCCGGCUGCUGGCUGACUAUUCCUUUCAACCACUGGUUCGGCCGCCGCGGCACCAUCUUCAUUACCUGUGGCAUCUCUACCCUGGCCUGUAUCUGGCAGGGCUGCGUCAGCACCUGGUGGCACAUGUUCAUCGCCCGCUUUGUGCUUGGCUUUGGCAUCGGUCCCAAAUCCGCUACUGUGCCCAUCUAUGCCGCCGAGUCGAGUCCUCCCGCCAUUCGCGGCGCCUUGGUGAUGCAAUGGCAGAUGUGGACUGCCUUUGGCAUCAUGUUCGGAUAUGCUGCCGACCUGGCCUUUUUCAAAGUCCCCGACCCGCCCAACAUAGUCGGACUCAACUGGCGUCUCAUGAUGGGCUCGGCCAUGUUUCCCGCCUUGAUUGUGCUCUUGCUCGUCUUUUUCUGUCCCGAGUCUCCGCGCUGGUACAUGAGCAAGGGACGCUUCGACAAGGCCUAUCACUCCAUGUGUCGACUCCGCCACUCCAAACUCCAGGCCGCGCGCGACGUUUACUACAUCUACACGCUUCUCGAAGCCGAGACCAGUAUGAAACUAGGGCAGAAAAAAUUGGUAGAGCUGAUUAGUGUCCCACGGAACCGCCGGGCCAUGAUUGCUUCCGAAUUGGUCAUGUUUUUGCAGCAGUUCUGCGGGGUCAACGUCAUUUCCUACUACUCGUCGGAGAUUUUCAUGCAAGCCAACUUUUCACCUAUGUCUGCAUUUAGUGCAUCCCUAGGUUUUGGGGUUGUCAACUGGCUCUUUGCAAUACCAGCAGUCUACACAAUCGAUACCUUUGGGCGACGUAAUCUACUAUUAUCUACUUUCCCCCUUAUGGCGCUGUGCAUGUAUUUUACCGGGUUUAGCUUCUGGAUCCCAGAGAAACACCAUACGGCCCGCAUAGGAUGCAUAGCGCUCGGAAUGUUCCUGUUCGGGGUUGCGUACUCGCCCGGCGAGGGCCCUGUACCUUUUACCUAUUCGGCCGAAGCGUAUCCGCUAUACGUGCGCUCGUACGGCAUGUCUCUGGCCACGGCAACAACCUGGUUUUUCAAUUUCAUACUCGCCAUUACCUGGCCGUCGCUCUCUGCGGCGUUUUCCACCCCGGGCGGCUUCGCCUGGUAUGGCUCGUGGAACGUGAUCGGCUGGUGGCUGAUUCUAAUGUUCAUGCCGGAAACCAAAAACAAAACACUCGAAGAGCUCGACCAAGUUUUUUCCGUCCCAACCAGGUUUCACGCAGCCUGGGGUCUGCGCCAAAUCCCUUACUUUGUCAAACGCUACCUCUUCCGUCGCCAGAUCAAGCCCGAGGUGUUGUACGAAAAGGAAGAGACUGAGCAGCCCGACCAGGUGGCUUAUCGAGAAUUAGCCAUGAUUGUUUGA